AUGGCGAGCGAACUGUCGUCCGAGGACCCUUUGAUUGCUCUGACGGAGGAACAAGUCAACGCUCCGCUGGGAGACGUUUUCCAAGUACCCAACAAGUCUCCGUGGGAGGAAGAACGCGAGGCAGUCCUCAUAGCCGCAAGGAUUCGGCGUGAGCGUGGCGGGCAGAGGAGUGAACAGGAGGAGCAAGCACGGCCGUCUGGGGAGCCAGUACCGCCAUCUCGAGGCAGAUCGCGAUCACGGCCUUCCCCAGAGGAGAGGGCAGCAGAUCAACCCCGUGGACAUUCACAAAGACCAAGGCCGGCCGAUGCCAGAGCUGGAGCUGGAGCUGGAGCAGGAGCUGGACCAUCCCGAGGGGCGAGAUCCGGUCGUUCUACCGGAAGAUCCCCCCAAAAUCCUCCUACUGGGCAUCGUGACGCACAGUCCUCCCAAAGGUCGCAUGCAAGAGACACUGGCGCAGGACCGACAGGACGAACACAAGAGCAAAUGGUAGCGGACCGGGGCAGAGCACCUGCUGGCGAAAUAAGGGCAGUCAGUCCUUCCGCAAGACCGUCGCCAGGAUCGGAGGCGGGAGUCUCUAGUGCAGGGCCUGUGCAGGGGCCUCCGCCGGCGUUAGGAACAUCAGCUCCAUCACCACUGGCUCACCUGCCGGAAAUUGUAUCAGCAGCGUACCAUGAAGGUCCUCCUGGUGGAUUUGGAAAAGGAAUCUGGUGGCACUUUGAUGGAGAAUCAUGGUCCAAAGCGAAGGUAGGGAAGCUGCUGCCACGACCUCCCCGAGCAACACAGCCUUCGAGACGCUCACGCGAAGAGAUGAAUGUGCGUCGCCAAAUGGCAGAUGAGCGAGUCGCAGGACUUUCACAGGUGCCGGAGACCGGAAAACCGAUAACACGAACGUUGAGCAAAGCAAAUUUGAGGGAAUUCGAUGCCCAACACGGCCUUGAACCGGGGAGGUCAAGAUCGAAGAAAUCCGCUGCAUCUUCGCAAACCUCGGGAGCCGGAGGUAUCAUGCGAGCCGGGGUGAGACCAGAAACGAGGAAGAGAUUGAGUGUCGAACAUUCAAGACGAAGUAUGGACUCACUGGUAUCCAGACCAGAAGGUUCAUUCACCUCUGCGCCUGGCGCUGGAGGAGGGAUAUCAAGACCCGGCUUGAGGGAAAGCUUAGACCGUGGGCGUGCAUCACGAGUUGGGUCGAUGACUGGAUCGCUACCGAGAUCGAGGCGAGGAUUUCCUGACCCAUCAGCGGAAUCUGGACGAAGUACACCAGCAUCAGGGCCAUCAUCUUCGGCUGGGUCGAGAUCGGGUUCCUUCCCCGGACAUUGGCCACCACACGCACACAGGACAAAUCCCAAUCUUCAAGAGGGUUUGCACACAGUCUACUCAGACGCGUUGGACGCGUUGGGCAUGUCAUUGUCUUCACCUGGGCCACCAGCACCAGGACCACUACAGAGACUAUUUUCAGAAGCAGAGCGCUCGGCUGGAUCAGGUACGGAGCCAUUGGCUAGAACGAGCAGCGGACCUUCGACUGAAACAGCUGCGGAGCCAUUGACUAGAACGAGCACCGGACCUUCGACUGGAAGAGCUGCAGAGCCAUUGGCUAGAACGAGCACUGGACCUUCGACUGGACCAGGCGCAGCAUCUUCCCUGCAAUCAGCAUCAGAACCUCUGUUUCACGAAAAUGAGGAUCGCGGCAUGGCAGAUGAUGGGCGGCGAGACCUGGAUCGUUAUCGAAGCGAGGCCAGAGCAUAUGUAAACCUAAAGAAGUCCGGGCUGUGCGAUCGCGGAAUAGUCCCAAAGCUUUACGGUUUUAUUGAAUCUUUUGAUCCUAAGAAUUUUGAACGCGUGCUACAUUCAUUUCUUCGCGAUAAGCACUGCCCAAAUGCUAUUCUCCUCGAGUAUCUGCCAGGUGCCUCCUAG